GUCGAAUCCUCCACGCCAGAGAAGACGCCUCUCAAGGCCGUCCCCGGUUCGGAGGCCAAGAAGAACAUCAAGGCUCUGGCUGUGGAAAGCGGCUUAUCAAGGGAUAUUGCGUCACAUUAUGCGUCGCCCGCCGCUGCGAAGAACAUCCUGCAGGACGAGGAUUUCCCUGCCCUGGACGCAGUCAAAAGCACGAACACACAGCGCGCAUCAACGCCUGCGAUCCCGACCAUGGCAACGCCUAAAGGAACGCCUGUCUUGAGCAUGAGGUCCCACGUUGAACCGGCAUCAUCCGCGGGCGAUUCUGCAGAGACAGAUACGGCCAAGACAAAGAGCACGAAAACUAAGGGUUCCAGCAAGAAACCCUUACCGGUGACUGUCAGCAUUCCGCCUAGUACAUCGACUGCCACAACACCCGCUCCUCAGCCCAAGUCCACGGCAGACUUAUCGGCCGUGUCCGACAAGUCCAACGCGUCCGCUUUUCCCGCCUUGCCCACCCCGACGACCAUGAGUGCACCAUCGCCCGGCGUGAAGUCGGCGCCCAAGACGCUGCGAGUUGUCAACACGCCGAAGACGGAACAUCCUCCGCAGCCGCCAUCUGGUGGCACGCUGCUCCUCAACGCGGCCGUGCGCGCAGUGUCUGGCUCGCAUCGUCCCGAGACCCCGGGAAGCCAAGACGUCAGCGACAGCGCGUCGAUCAUCUCGGCCUCCUUUUCGGUCUCCCGUACCAGUUCGCCGCCGCCGUCGAAGGUGGGAUCGGCGCCCGUGCGAAAGACGACCAAGAGUCAGCAGAGAAAGGCGCGCAAGGAGGCCCAGAAGGAGAAGACGGCGACCAUCGAAGAAGCUCCGAAAGUUGCUGAACCGGAGGAGAUCGCACCCAUCAUUGGACGUAAAAAGAAGCAAAAGAAGGAAAAGCCGUCUGCGCCUGUUGCGAAGGCUAAACCUGCCGCUUCGUCGCCGGCGCGCGAAGAGCCAGAGGUGGAAGAACAGGCCGCCGAUCCGAAGAAAGCUGACUCGGAUACUACACCGGUCGCCAGUCCGAAAGCCAAGGGUGAGAUGAACGGAGCUAAAGCAAAUGGAAAGGAGAAGGACUCGAACCAGGCAGUCUCGCCCAAAGAAGAUCCUCCCGAGUCCCCUUCGGAACCGGGCAAGCCAAAGGACAUGGGCGACAACCCAAAGACGCUCCCGGAAGUUGUGUACCAUGAUCUCGUCCGCGUCGGCAUGGCUCCGCAGGCCGAGUACCUGGAGCUCAUCAAGCCUGUGAACGCGGACAGCCAUAAGGGCGAGUGGGCAAGCAAUGCUAACGCCAUAACCGUGGACCCGGACAACCCGCCCCCGUCUACUAAGAGCUUCCUCUCGGAACAGGACCACGCCACGCUUGUGGCGGGUCGGCCGGUGCAUAAGAUCAUCGACAACCACCGCGUGCUUCUGACGCCAAACGGUGAUUGCGUACGCCACCUAACCGAGGGGGAAGAGCAGAGAUAUCUCUUCUACCAGAACCGCGUAGCCCAGGCGGCCGACCAGCCCGACUCGUUCGUGGCGCCGCGACACCAGUCACGCCACGCAGGUUUCUCCCUGAUUAAGGGCCGCGCCGUGCCCAACGGACCACCGUCCUUUUUCCCACCGCACCCCAAGGCCGAAGCGCGAAUGUUCUCCGACGAUCCCCUCCAUAAGCUCCAGCGCGAGGAGGCCAUCAGCUACAUCAACCAGUUCGUCCUGCCCCGCCUCAAGCUGGGAACGGCCAACCUAGGGUUUCCCGGGAGCUGGAAGUCCAACGCCGCCGUCACGGCCGCCAGCCUCAACUCCUUGGCCCCCUGGAUCUACGGCCACGACGCCGCAGCCGGGGCCGGGAUCUACUCGGCAGACGCCGGCGGACCGGCCGCGCUCCGCGACGUGCCGGAGGACGAGACGCCGUUUGGAGGAGGUGGUUUUGACCAGGCGGCGGCGCGGUUCGAGCCCCUGGCGCGGGACCAGCUGGGCAACAACAACGGUGCGUCUUCGUCUUCGGGGAACAACAGCAACAGCAACAGCAACAACAACAACAAGAUGCCCCCGCUGGCGGGCCUGGCGCUCAUGAGCGUGGAGGACGCCGAGGGGGCGCUGCAGCUCGCGCGGAAGGAGACGGAGAAGCUCGAGAAGGGCCUCAACCAGGUGAUCCGGCGCAACCGUCGCCUGCUGCUU